AUGGUAGUUAUCUGUCGGAUUUGCCUAUCCACUCGUCCGAGGAUGAUUUCGAUUCAUAGUCCGGUGCCAGAGUACGACCAGAAAACGCUGCUAGCUAUGCUACUUUCCGUCUGUUUACCCCUCAACCAGCGUGAGAUGUUGCAGGGCUUUCCAGAGCAGAUCUGCUGCAACUGCAAAUGGAAGCUGUUGUCGGCCUACGACUUGUACGAGACGACACUUGCAAGUGAUGAGCAUCUGCGUGCACAAAAACCACUUGCGGUACAGCAGCAGGGAUUACAUAAAACAGUGGCCAGCGAAAUUAUUGAUACGGUAAACGACGAAUCUUGUAACGAUGUUCUGAUCCGAGUGAAAGACGAAGAGCCCGACGACGACUAUGAGGAACUGUACGCAUCCACCCACAGAAUUCAAGACGGUAGUAUGCUAGAUGCAAGCGAUGUCAAAGACGCAACGGUGGACGGUACUAAUAACCCAACCGACGUCAUCAUGGUUGGUGCGGGAGACGACGAAGAGGACGAAGAAGAGCCCAGCCUAUUGGAGGAAGCGAAGGACUCAGACUCGGAUCCGAUGGAUGCGUUCUUUAACGAGCACUACCAGUUCGACGAAGAAAACGGAAACCAUGGAUGCGGCCUGUGCAAGCAAGAGUUCGUGUACAAAAGCCAAUGUCGGAUGCACAUCACCCAAAAGCACAACCCGGCUAAGCCCUUCAAGUGCGACGUAUGCUUCGUUACUCUCACCAGCCAUUUGCGGCUGGUUCGGCACAAGAUCGUCGCGCACGGCGCCGGCCAAAUCAAGUGUGAGAAUGUCAAGCAGGAGCCCAACACCAGUACCGGUGAGAUGACGUACGCCUGUCCAAUCUGUGGUAAAACUUUCACCUCAUCGGUACGGUUCAAACGGCACAAAAACGUGCAUGUCGUGCACAAGCGACCUUUCAAAUGCGAGGUGUGUCUUUAUCGCUUCGCCACCAAGGCACAGCUAACCCAACACGCCAAGGUGCACGAUACGAAGCCGCAGAUCGAACAAUCUCCCGGUGGCUCUGACGUCGGUGAGUACGCCUGUGAUCGCUGCGACGAAGUGUUUGCCACCAAGCGACCACUUACCAUGCACCUGAAGAAGGCGCAUCAGGUAUACCGAGUGCCAGGCGGGUCACGUCCCGACGAGCGCGAAAAGAGCGAAUACGUGUGCAUCAUUUGCAAAGCCACGUUCGCGCGUGAAACCGUCCUAAACACCCACCUCAAGAUGCAUGAGCUGAUGGCAGCCGAGAAGGAGAAGGAACGCCGGGUCGAUCUUGAGCGGCUAGUGAAACAAGAGCUGCAACAACAGUUGCAGCAGAAUGCUCCUCCGUUGCCACCUCUUUCACCGGAGGUUGUCGACCGGUCGGCAUGUGUGCUAGAACCGUUCGCUCUCGGGCUGGUACCGGUGAACAAAUCGGGCUCCGGUUCGGAAAACAACAACAUCAGCAGCAACAAUAAUAAUAGUCCCAUAGAUAGCCUAAAGGACGAUACAGGAACCAGUGGUCCGAGUAACUUGCUACAAGGUAUGAAGCGCAAAUUGCCCAUGCUUUCGACACCUGCUAGUGAUAUGGCGUACGUUUGCCCUGUGUGCGACAUGGAGUUCGAUGAGCGAGAACCACUUAAGAAGCACCAAAAGGAGCAGCACUCGCGGUUGCAGGUUGGCAUCGUCUCGUCGAAGCAAUCGGACGCUAGCACCCCAACUAACAGUCCGGUCCCGAGUGCGUUACCCCGGCUGACGGCCAUGCCCGGGCUGAAAUUGCGUCUACUGGAAAAUGCGCAUAAAGCAAAUACCAAGCAACAACCGAUGGAAUAUGCGGAUGAAUCGGAGCUGCUGGAUCCAGAUGAAAUCGGAGAUGGAGAUGCGUCAUCGCUCGGGCCAGAACAGACUCAGUUCCAGUGCGAACUUUGCCAUAAGACGUUCUUGUAUAACUGCUACCUGACGAUGCACAUGCGAAAAAACCACGACAAAUCGAAACCGUACGGUUGUAAGGUGUGCCAUUAUCGCUUUGGUUACCGCGGAACGCUUCUUCGGCAUCAGCUAAUUCAUUCUUCGCAACAAGUACAACCCGGUAGCCACGGCUCCAUCAUUUUUAAGUGUCGCAUUUGCUCGGCCAAAUUUCUCGAGUUAAAACAGCUGAACGUUCAUCUAAAAACUCACCGAAAGGUGGUCGAGGAGAUUACCCCCGACAAAAAGGUGCAGCUUAUUCAAUGCAAUGAUUGUCCGCAAAUUUUUAGAGAUCAAAGUCAGCUCUGGCAACAUGUACUAAAGGAACACCGGAAACAUGAAAGUGGUGAAGAUGACCUAUAUGAAGGCGAACAUGAGCCGCUAAACAACGAUCGGUUGAUGGUGGAUCCGUCCUCGUCGUCCAUGCAAGUUGAUCAUAGUGGUACUGUAUCGCCGGUUGACGCCGAUCUCAAGUUGUCCUCGGAGCAAAUACGAGAUGACGAUGAUGAAUCAUUCAUAAGCGAUCUGUCGAUCAUCAAAAUGGAACCAAAUUUUGACUGA